ACACUUUUUUUUGGCCCUGUCAAUGUCAAAACCCGUUAUUUUCUGCCCCCGCCCAGCUUCCUCCCUUUCGAUCUUUGGGACAUCGUCAACUCAGUCGACCACCACAGAACGCCGUCAAGAUGCGUUACAUUCACAGUUCGGAGCAAUUGGAGAUUCCCGAGGGAGUCAAGGUGCACAUCAGGUCUAGGCUUGUCACCGUUGAGGGCCCCCGAGGAAAGCUCACCAAGAGCCUGAGCCACGUCGCCGUCAACUUCUCGCAGCCCAGCAAGAACCUCGUCAACAUCGAGAUCCACCACGGCAACCGCAAGAAUGUCGCCACCCUCCGCACCGUCAGAACGCUGAUCAACAACCUGAUCAUCGGCGUCACCAAGGGCUACAAGUACAAGAUGCGCUACGUCUACGCGCAUUUCCCCAUCAACGUCAACCUAGACAAGAACUCGGAGACCGGCGUCUGGGAGGUUGAGAUCCGCAACUUCAUCGGCGAGAAGCUGGUGCGCAGGGUCGUCAUGCGCCCUGGUGUCGAUGUUGAGGUUUCCAAGGCCCAGAAGGACGAGCUGAUCCUGUCGGGCAACUCGCUGGAGGACGUGUCGCAGAGCGCUGCCGAUAUCCAGCAGAUCUGCAAAGUCCGGAACAAGGAUAUCCGAAAGUUCCUUGAUGGUAUGUACGUGUCGGAGAAGGGCAACAUCGAGGGUGAGGCUGCGUAAAUGGGACAAGAGCUACCUGCUUUCUUUGUGAUUUCCUCUUGGGUCUUCCGGUGCGGCAAUGGGUUCAUCAACGGAGUUGCAUGUUAUGCGGUGGAAAAUCGCCUCAUAGCACAUGAGCAAAAAAGACAUCUUUUCGACAGGAGCGCGGCGCCAUUGCUGUGAUGCGGCAUCACCAGUCACCACGGAGAGGACGGGGGUGGUUCUUAGGUUACACCCCAAAAGGAUUGAAGAGAACAAAUGGGAUCUGGUACGGCUGAGGACCGAAAACCGGUCCGACUACAAAGGCCUCACCUUAGGAUUGUAACAUGAUUCUCGAGGCUCAGGAUGUAGACGACUCAAUUUUAUUUCAUUUUCAGUUAUUCGUCUUUUUUAUUAUCUUGGACGUGCAUUGCCAGUAAUUGGGCACCCACAUUGCUUUUCCUCCG